AUGUCCGGCCGUCAACAAAAGGUGAUGCUGCAGCCGAUCAAUGUCAUUUUUCGGCACCUACAGCAGCAAACGCGCGUAUCUUUGUGGCUCUAUGAUAAUGUAGAGUACCGCCUGGAGGGCAAAAUCAUUGGUUUCGAUGAGUUCAUGAAUGUGACACUAGACGAGGUCGAAGAAGUGCGGACAGGCGCGCCAAUGGAGCGCAAACCGCUGGGGCGUCUCUUGCUCAAAGGCGACAACAUUACUCUGAUUCAGCCUGUAUUGUGA